CCACUCAGAAAUGGAUGUUUUUGAGGGACUACAUAUCAGACGAACUUCAAGCUGAGGACAAAUUCAGGUUCGAAUCUCUUGUGACAGUGUCUGACAUGUUCAACGCUCGACUUCAUUUAGGUCAUAAGAUUGGAACACUAAAUGAUAAUAUGAAAUGGGCAUUGUAUGGAGAGCGCCUUGGUGUUUGUAUUUUUGAUCUGGAUGUCACACGGAUUCAUAAUCGUGAAACAAUGUUCGAUGUCGAGAAAACCGCCCAAGAGUGUGGUGAGUAUUCUCACAUUCGACGUUGGCAAGAAGGAACAUUUACCAAUGCGCGCCAACUUUUCGGGACAAGUAUUCGGCUUCCAGAUGCGAUAAUUUUUAUGAACACCCUUACUUCAUUAGCUGUCAACCAUCCUGCAAUAAUUGAAGCUGCAAAAAUGACUAUCCCAACUGUCGGAGUAGUGGACAGCAACUCGGACCCUGCUUAUCUGACUUAUCUCGUUCCAGCUAACGACGACAGUCCUCAAAGUGUUGAAUAUUUGUUAAGGUAUGUUUUCGUAUAA